ACUAAAGGUUUGCUUAUACCAGCUUCUUCAUUUACUCCACGGAUAACGUCAAUAACACCAGAACAAUUUAAGGAAUUCUGCAAGGAAUUAAAUGGUUUGAAAUAUAAACCCUAAAGAAGACACGAUGUUGAAUGCAACAGACAAUCCACUUGAUUUAAUCUGCAGUAUCAAUGAGUUCCGGAACAAAGUCUAUUCUACAGCCUAUUCUAUGUUCACACUGUUUGGACUUAUUGGGAAUAGUUUUGCUUUGUUUGUUCUUCUGAAGACCUACAGUCAAAGAACAGCCUUCCACAUUUAUAUGCUAAACCUUGCCAUCUCAGAUCUGCUUUUCAUCCUAACUCUUCCUUUCCGAGUGAUCUAUUAUGUCAACAAUGGAAAAUGGUUCUUUGGAGAUUUUAUGUGCCGGAUGUGCUCCUAUGUUUUUUACGUCAACUUGUAUUGCAGCAUUUUCAUUUUGACAGCAAUGAGCGUCACACGAUUUCUUGCAAUAGUGUUUCCAGUUCAAAACCUUAAACUGGUGUCCGUGAAAAAAGCCAAGUGGGCUUGUGUUGGAAUAUGGAUUUUUGUCACGGCUACAAGUUCGCCAUUUCUAAUGACAGGCUCUCACACCGAUCCAGAUGACAACAAGACAAAAUGUUUUGAGCCUCCACAGAAUGCAAAAAAUUUGCUUGCACUAAACUACGUCUCCUUGAUUAUCGGGUUUAUCAUUCCAUUUACAAUAAUUGUGAUUUGCUAUACCAUGAUUAUAAGAACAUUGCUACAGAAUUCUAUGAAGAAACAUCACUCUUCCCGUAAGAAGGCUGUUCGGAUGAUUAUCAUUGUUAUGACCGUUUUCUUUCUGAGUUUUAUGCCAUAUCACCUCCAACGUACGAUACACCUGCAUUCCAUUAGGGAAAAUAAGAGUUGUGAAGAAAAGUUGUCAGCCCAAAAGAGUGUGGUCAUAACACUGGCCCUUGCAGCCUCCAAUUGUUGCUUUGAUCCUUUGCUCUACUUCUUUUCAGGAGAAAACUUUCGGAGGAGACUAUCUACUUUCCGGAAACAAUCUGUAACAAGUAUGGCGCAAGAUUACAAAAGGAAGAAGUCAGGAAGUUUACAAGAGAAAUCUGAAGUGUUUAAUCAACUUGAAAAGCAGGACAGUAAUGAAAGCUGAGAUGGCAAUACUUGAUUGUCUUGGGUUUGGGGCACAACCAUUAAAACAGACUGCCCGUUAUAGGCUUUAUUUCCUUGGUGAAUGCUCAUCUUGAGGUAUCAGCCAUCAAUGUAUAAACGGCAACAGCAGAGCAGACUCUAUUCUUUCUUGGUAUUACAAGGUUUGAAGAAUAUUGUUCUAGAAUAUAAUGAGCAGAGACUCUCAAAGGAUUGAGGAAAACAAGGUUAAUAUAAUAAUGAAAAACCUUCCAGGCAAACUUGUAUUUUAAUAUAUUUUUUAUUAGUUGAUAUAGUAUACUUUUUUGAACAGGAGGUACUAUGUGUGAUUCCAUAAAUCCAACAAAAAUUCUGUUUCUGGUCACUUUUAAAUAAUUAAAUGAAUGGUUAUAAUUCGUGAAAAAUAAUCCCAGAGCCAUUUUUUUUUCAACCUAUUUUAGCGAUUUUAGCCUUAGAGCAAGCAAUCACACUUUAAUAUGGACCUGUUUUUUUAUCCCAUAAAAACAAUUUGGAAUAGAAUUAAAAUCAAAGAAUAUCAAUGUAUAUGUUAUUGUCUAGUAGUAUUAAUUUAUUAGCCAAUGUCUCUAGUAGUAUUAAU